CGGGCAUUAACAGAUUUCGCAAAACACGAGUUUCAUUGAUGAAAAUAUUAACAAUUAUUUGCAAAUAUAUGCUGUAUAACUUCUUUAAAUCUCGAAUAUGGAUGUUUAUAUGAACUUUGAAGGCUGAAGUAUUGUUUAGAAUCAUCGAUUCGUCAAGUUCACUCCAAAGAAUGGACGAGCACGAGGGUUUGCGUGCCAUCAAUAAACCACUUGAAAAGCACUUAAAAACCUCCUGUAUUAAAAGCAAUUGUCAUAGGUGAUCUAAACCCAGUGAUGGACAACUAGAGAGGGGAUUCUAAUAAAUCGGACUUGAUCCAUAGCCAGUGAUGGACAACUAGAGAGGAGAAAGAGUCAAGAUUCUAAUAAAUCGGAUCUACUACGGCCGUUGUUGGACUGAUGAGCUCAACGAGCGACAAAAACGAAAAUGUCGAAAUUUCAACGAACACAGUCGUCGAAGCAAAGACGUCGUCAAUGAAUAUUGCAUUGUGAAUUGCUCCUUGUAACUGGAGUUAUCCCAUUUCCGAAAGUCAUCUCCUGAUUGGUCUUUCUACUUCCACAGCUGAGCUGCGGAAGUAGGAAGACCAAUGGAAUUGCUUCGCUACUGAUCUAUCACAUUCUGAACACGCUGUUGAUAAUCGCUUCAUUGUUGCUUCAACGCGAUGCAACGAAAGAAUUACUUAAUCCACACCCUGUAUCGCAUCGUAAGCAUGCUUGGUAUUGGAUAGUAAAUUAGUAAAUCCACGGAUUCCAUUUUACCUAGCGUCGAAAAUAUCUGAAUGUAUUUUUCCCAUUGUUUAUUUUGUACAAUACAUAAUUUACAUAUGCACAACAUUUAAAUAUGUUUCGGCGAUCGGGGGGGGGGGAAUUGAAUUCCGGAAUUGAAACAAACAACAAGCAUGCAUGGGUAUUAAAUGCUUUGGAAAAUCCUCUCUAAAUUUUACGAAUUGAUCAUAAAUGGCACGUUUUCUACCCUCGGAAAUAAUGAAAUGAUGAUCGUGGGCAAAUCUACACUACGGAGGCGAUGUCCAUUAGUAACCCCAAGAAGAAAGAAGGCGUGCCUAUCUGUGUUGUAUACGUAAAUGGUUUGUCGAUUAUCUUUCAUUUUCACUUAAAAGUCAUGAAAGAAGCAUCUUCAAGGAUCAUCAUUAUUAUCAUCAUGAGCCAGGUGAACCAUACGCCUGCCUGGAAAUCAACGAAACACGUAUUCAUGCAAAACUGAGAAUAAUCAGGCUCGAUAUAUUUCUGGAUUUUACAAAAAUGGAAUCUUUAGCUCACAUCAAACGAGACAAUCAGACUUAUUACUGCUUCAUAGACGUGUGCGAAAAGAUUUUCACAGACACUCCAAAAAGCACCGUUAGAAACUGGCUAAAGUCCCUAAACAUCUCGACAACACCCUGUGCCACUUUGGAAGAGAGAAUUCACUUUCGUCGACGCAAUGCUUCUUUGGGUGCUACGUUUAGCCUUAUUCGAGAUGAAGACUUGACCCGUUUGAUGGCAUAUCGCAGUGAAGGUGCGAGAAAGCGAGCCAGACUUUCUCACAGUAGUUCUGCCACAAUUCUCGACGCUGCUGAUGUCGCCAGUCCGAGCCUCGCGACCACAGACAAUCCAAUUGUGUCUUACAAUCUCAGCGUCGAGUCAGACAGCGAUGAACAAGAACCACCUGUAGAAAAGAAAUUUAAAGAUGAAACGACGUCGCCGAAAAGAAAUACGUAUACCAUCGCAUUAGACAGCGCGCCUGAAAGAUUGAAGAAUGAGGUAAAAGACUUGCGCCAUUUCUACCUAAAAGCAUUGAACCACCAUCGUGCUGGGCCGCCGUUUUCAAAAACGACCGUCGACAAAAUGGUUGAAAGAGCCAUGAGCUUUAUGUACUUCUGCUUGAACGUGAAAAACAUUGCCAUGUUAACCUUAGAUCUAUUUAACAAUAUCGAACUCUAUACUAGUUACGUAGAAUAUUUAAAAGGGACCCGAAAUCUUAAACCCUCAACUAUAGUUGCGCAUCUUAUAAUCGGUAUAAACGUUUUGAAAUUUAAUUUGGCAAACUUUCAACCGAAUUCGCCCGACUCGGAGAAUGCAUCGCGAACCAUUUCAGCUUUACAAUCAUUUCAGCGACACUUUCAGCACGAAAGCAGCAUGAUAUCAAAACUUCAUAAGGAGGGUUUUACGAGCAAGGCAACUCAGCAGUUUUAUUUCGCGCACGUUUUAGAAACUCUUCGUAACAUACGCGAUAAGUAUUUGGAAACGCAUGGCUUGGAAAAAAGUAGGCACUUGCAUGAUUUUGUACUCUUGGCAACUUACUUAAGAGCCAUUCCUGGCAGGUCGAAAGAAUUAAGGACCAUGAAAUUGCAUAUCGAAGCGGACUGCGGAACUUUCGAUUUCACUUCGGUGGAUGGCGGUAAUUUUAUCGUAUUUCAAGAGGGCAAUAGCGUUGUAAUCGUGCAAUUUGAUUUCAAAACAUCAAAAAGUAUUGGGCCGACCAGAAUCGAUGUUUCCGAUGACGAAGAUCUGGUGUAUUACUUGCAAUUAUAUACUAAGGCAAGGCCAUCUUUACUGCUCGGCAAGUCGCAUGAUUUCUUCUUUCUCAACAAGCGAGGCGCGCCUUUUGAUAGCAGCAGUUCAAUUGCGAGGUACAUUGGCGAUAUUUUCAUGCGCGAGGUUUCCAUUCGAGCGAGCACUAAUGCGUUAAGGCAUGCUAUCAUCACAUAUUUCAGCACUUUGGACGACUCCAAAGAUAUAAAUGUUAGAAAAAGUCUUGCGCUUUUAAUGAAGCAUUCGGUCCGAUAUCAGGAAAGCACGUAUAACGAUUUAACACACCACGAGAAAACGCAAAAAGGCCGAGAAGUUAUCAGGGAAAAAAUUGCGUCAAAUAUCUUCGGUGAAGCGGAUUUUAUUGCAUUGCCUGACGAAAGCGAUUGCCAAAAUGAUUCCGGGGACGAAUUGUUACCAGCUGUCGGUGACAUUGUAGCACUGCUUGAUCCAGUUUCCACCAAAAAUCACAUUUCCUUUUUCAUAGCAAAAGUCGCGAGAUUCACGCAAAACAAGCAGCAAGCGCAUUUAAUUAGCAUGGAGCUUUUGCCGGAUUCCACAAAUUUGUAUAGACUGAAACCAGGCAGAACUUGGAAAGAGUCGGUUAAGGCGUUGGUUUUUCCUAUAGACAUCGUUUAUAAUGCGACAAGCAAAGCAUACGAGUUGCGCACGCUCUCUGAUGAUAUAUUCGACAUUGUUCAUGGUACGUCGAAAAAGUAAAAUCCAGAAAUAUAUCGAGCAUGAAAAAGUCAAAAUUUACUAGAGGGUUCCGUUGUAAUUAAUAUUCUUGUUCUGUUAUAAUCAUCAGUAUUCACUUGUUCAGAUUUUGUUGGGAUUUUAAAUAAAUAUAUG